CGGCCUAUUCCACGGCUCGCUGCGCCCACCCCAAUUCCAACCUCCAUGAUCCAGCAUCCACUCCGAAUCAUUGCAUUGCUGUUGUCUGCACGUUAGCUCUCUCUGUAUGCGACGUAGUACUGUCAAACAACCUUCGUCAAAAUAUGGGGAAGUUACAGGCUCUUGAGGUUCUUUUCUCUGGCAACCAAGAUGUCUAUAAACCUGGGGACACUAUCUAUGGAGAAGUGAAGAUCGUUGUCAGUGAAGAAAAGGGCGAUAUUCGAGGAAUCCAAAUAAAAUGUGUUGGAAAGUCGUAUACCCAUUGGACAGAGACCGAGGGAAGUGGAGACGACCAACGGACAGUUAGCUAUACUACAAAACACAGAUACUUUAAACAGGAAGUCACACUCCGUGGUGCAGCAAAGAGUGAAAGUAACUCGGACCGCAUCAAACUAUCCGCUGGGGAGCAUCGAUUUCCUUUCCAGUUUCAGCUUCCAAGCAUGUCCUUACCUGCACCGUUUGAAGGCCAUUAUGGAUACGUGAGGUACUAUGUCAAGAUUUGCAUUGAUCGACCGUGGAAGUUUGAUCACCACGCCAAGAGGCUUUUCAGUAUCUUCACAGUCAAAGAUCUCAACUAUGAACACAACGUACUGGUUCCAGCUAAUCACCAGGUAGAGAAGACCGUAUGUUGUCUCUGCUGCGCUUCUGGUCCUAUCGUCCUCCAGGGACAAAUAGACAAGAGGGGCUAUGUUCCGGGCGAAUAUAUAUUUGUGUCCUUAGAACUUCAAAACAACAGCUCUCGGACAAUCGUUGACAUCAAAGCAAAGCUACAACAGACGGCCCAUUUCUCAGCCUCCCACUGCGGGAGAACACACCACAGACACGUCACAAAGAAGAUGACAGAACUCAAGCUUGAUGGCUGUGAAGCGAUGGGGUCAGUGAACUAUGACAGGAUGAAGAUGUUGAUUCCUCCCAUCCCUCCUUGCACAUAUGACAACUGCCCGAAUAUUCAACUUGAGUAUUAUGUUGAGAUUGAAGCUGAUGUUUCUGGAACCCCUAUGGAUGCUGAAAUAAAGCUUCCUGUUGUGAUUGGUACCAUCCCAGCCUUCCAACAAACCUUGAAGGAUCCUGCCCAAGCUCCUCAGGGCUUUGAAGCGUAUGCCCCGUACGCAGGACAACCUAUACCGGUGUCUCCUUCACCAGGCCAACCCGGGGUAUAUCCUCCACCAAGUCAACCUGGCUAUCCUCCGGCAGGACAACCUGGCUAUCCACCACCCGCAGGAGGGCCGGGAUAUCCUCCGUCAGGACAGCCUGGUUACCCACCACCUGCAGAACAACCUGGCUAUCCCCCUCAAGGACAACCCGGCUAUCCUCCAGCCGAACAACCAGGAUAUCCCCCAUCAGGACAGCCAGGCUACCCACCUCCAGCAGCACAGCCAGGAUAUCCCCUGUCAACAGACCCAUCUUCAGGUUUGCCACCCCCUCCUACGUACGCAGCAGCGGUAGGAGGACCCCAGGAGAUCACUGGCAAGGAAGGAUCGUUCGGUAGCGUCAUGUACGCACCACACUACCCUUACUACGAUCCAGACACCUUGUAUGCUGCCAUGGGACUCCCUGCAGGGGCACCAACAUCAACAAACGGAGGACCACCACCACCUACCGUUACCCAACCACAGAGUGUUCAACAACCCCCAUAUAACCCUUACCCAGAGGAAAAGAAAGGGGAAUAACAUUAUUAGGAAUUCACAACACAUCAUUUCAUAACAGUAAAUGGAAUUAAAUAUACAAUGCUGAAUUUAUUGUCUUCGACGACACUUGAGUUAUUCCCUCAAGGCUCAAGUUAUCAUUUGUAUGCCAGUUAUCAUAUUUGUAAAGCGCAUUCAACCUUGGGUAUAGCUGAUGUAUGUAGUGCUACCUGUAUAUAAAUAAAAAUAUUACUAUACAUUUAUCAUGAACAGUUUAAUAUCUCAUGUAUAUUUACAGUAAUUCAGAUCAUUCGUACAGCAUUGAAAGUAGUUAAUAAAAAAAAUCAUGUUCUCUUUACUGCAGAAUAAUAAGAAGCAAAUAAUUACCUAGGGUUAAUUAUCAUUCCUAAGGUGAUAGUGUUUGAUAGGGUCCUCACAUAAACCGAGGACUACACAACAUCUCGGGUAAAUUCAUGAGAAACAGAAAAGUAAUAUAUUCUUCCUUUACCUUGCCUUGUUUCCUACAUUUUUUUUAUCUACAUGAGGUUCAAUAAAAUGCAUGGAACUGCGAGCUUAAAUUUUGCUCUUUGCACACUCUUGUAUGUGACAAAAUG